AUGCCAACUCAUAAACGUCAAAAGUUACAAUCUGAAUCUGCUCCAAAACAUCUUAUCAUUAAUGCAUUUGAUAUGAUGUGUCCAUCACUUCAAACUGCUGGUUUAUGGAAGCAUCCGAAGGAUAAAUCCAGAGAUUAUAAUACUAUUGAAUAUUGGACUAAUUUGGCUCAAUUGUUAGAACGUGGAAAAUUCAAUGCUUUAUUCAUAGCUGAUGUUUUAUCUGGAUAUGAUGUUUAUAAUGGACCAAGAAAUUUUGAUGCUGCUGCUAGAAGUGGAGCACAAUUUCCUAUUAAUGAUCCUCAUGCAGUUAUUCCUGCCAUGGCUGCUGUUACUAAAAAUCUUAGUUUUGCUGUUACUUCAAGUACUAUUACUGAAGCACCUUAUCAUUUUGCUAGACGUUUGGCUACUUUAGAUCAUUUAACUAAAGGUAGAAUUGGAUGGAAUAUAGUUAGUUCUUAUUUGGAUUCAUCAGCAAGAAACGUAUUGAAUGGUGCGAAUUUACCAGACCAUGAUGAAAGAUACGACAAAGCUCAAGAAUAUUUAGAAGUUGUAUAUCAAUUAUUUUUAUCAUCUUGGGCUGAUGAUGCUGUUGAGUUGAAAAAUGGAGUAUUUACUAAUCCCAAGAAAGUUAGAGAGAUUAACUACGAAGGAAAGUACUAUACUGUUCCUGGUCCAUCAAAUUACAGAACCAACUCCUCAAAGGUUGCCAGUUAUUUUACAAGCUGGUGCUUCUACAAAAGGUUUGGAGUAUGCUGCUAA